AUGGUUCUUCUAUUUCACACGGUUGCUCUUCUUCUUCUUUUGCUCAGUGAUAGUGUAUCUUCACAAGCAUUAACACUCAAUAUUCGAGAUAACGGCAAGAUCUGUUCACAAUGGAUAAAACCAGGAGCUAAUGGACAGUUUUCAGUCUCUUAUGCACAACAACCAGAAUGCAUUAGUGCUGUCGCUUUUGAACAAGCAAAUGGUCAAGCACGUCUCUGUUGUAAAGGUAUGCCUUUAACAACACCACCAGCAAAUUUUCCCAAAGAAUGUGGUAAACAAUUAUAUCAACCAUUGAGACAACGUAUCAUUGGUGGACUCAUUGCACACCCAAAUAGUUGGCCAUGGCAAGUUUUGGUACGUGGAGCUAAUAAUAUGUGCGGUGGUUCUCUUAUUGAUGAACGUCAUGUUUUAACAGCUGCACAUUGUAUUAAAAAUCCAGUUCAAGUAAAUGAUUAUAAAAUUAUUAUUGGUGCCCAUGAAAUUAAUAAACCAAUGUAUAUGGAACAAGAAUUAACUGUAUCAAAAAUUUGGGUGCAUGAACAAUACACUGAAAGUACAACUGCAAAUGAUGUAGCUGUAAUACGUCUGACAAAACCAAUUCAACUUUCUGAUAAAGUCAAUAUAAUCUGUCUUCCAGGUGCUGAAGCGAAGAGUGUUAACGAUACUGUUUGGGUUUCUGGUUGGGGAAGAACAGCUCACAAUGGUGAUACAAGCCCCAUUCUGAAACAGACAUAUAUGCAAACAAUGGGUACUAAAUGUUCUACAUAUGGUGCUGCCAGCUUUAAUGAAGAAAAACAAAUUUGUGCUAGUCAACAUGGUGUUGGUUACACAUGUCAAGGUGACUCUGGAGGUCCAUUGAUGUAUGAAUAUGAAGGACGAUGGUAUUUAAAUGGUGUUGUUAGUUAUGGCCCUACAGAUUGCGGUGUUGGUACUGGUCUUCCAAGUGUUUUUGCACGUGUCAAAUACUAUCUAUCAUGGAUUAGAAGUAAAAUGGCAUCAUCAUAA